AUGGACUCUAGACGGCCAAAUUCCACGCCUUCUACGGGACCGUGGAUGACUUCAGCCAUUGGUGGUCAUCAUAUGGACGCGGCAGAACCUGGAAGCUGGGUUGGUGGCAGAACCCGGAGCAGUGGCUCCGGCGAAGUGACCAGUCACAUCGCCGAGGGGUAUGACUUUACAAAGGCAUUCAUGUCGCCUUUGUAUCCAUACCUCAGAGAUGCUCAGAUAGUCAAUGAGCAGUUACGACAUUUUUAUCACGACAAGAGUCCGCCAAACCGCGAGGUCCGGCGUUGGCUGGGAGACAUAAACGACAUCAAGCGCCGCGACAUUUUCAUCAACUGCUUCAUUCGCCAUCUCUGGCAGCAACUUGGCGUGUGGAAUGACAAUUGGGGUAUCCCAGGCCUUGCCGGAUACCAAAACAACAUAAACAACUGGAAGUGGAGGUGGAGGGAGGGCGAAGACCAGCUCGACCUGCUUGCCGCCGACCGGGACCGGACGCAUCGUGCCCAUGUACGCAAGGCAGGUCGAAGGGUAUUCACCUUCACGCCGUCCUACAAACAAAUUUGUUUGAGAAGAACCGCCACCGUGGCUGAGGCUGAGGAGUUCCUCAGCUCCCGGCCGUGGUUUGUGCAUGGCGUGCAGACUGUUGCAAAAGGCAAGUGCGUUAAAAAUGCAUGGAGAAUACAAGGCAAAUGGAUUUCCGAAUGGGAUCACCAUUUUCCAGGCUGGAGAUGGGAUGGCGAUGAUACAGCGAUCGCCAACCCCAAGUUCCUGCUGAAUCUUCUCUCCGACAAUGAGAAGAAAGUCCUCGGGUUCCAAGACAGUCCUGCCCGUCCUCUCAGACACUGGGGCCGCUACUCCUUGUCAGCAGGCCAGUCAUCAAGGAGCUCCGAUAUUCGCUACGUUGAGACGCCCAGAGGUAGCAGGACAAGCCAGGCGAGCAGUCAGGGGUCGCCGGAUAUCGGGCAGAUUUAUCAGCGCUUCGGCGAGGCGUAUUUUGCCCGUAGCUAUUCGCAGCUGGCUUCCUCUAGUGCUGCAGAUCCUGGGCAGGCCCUUAUGGACAAGGACAAUGAGGAGGAGGUAUGGGAGGCCAUCUCUCCUGUGGCACCGCGAAUCCAAAUUUCCAUUGAAAAUUUCAAGUUGGGUCUAUGCCCUGAUCAAUUCACUCUAUAA